CGGUGUUGUUAAUAGUAAGAUGUCAAUUCCACACAGCCACCCAUACAUGGUCUACAUUCGUGACAAACAUUCAGCAUGUGGUGGAUUUUUGAUAAGAGAAGAUUUUGUGAUGACGGCUGCCCAAUGCAAUAGUGGUCAUCUCAUGGUGUAUUUGGGUGUUAAUGACACAAAUGAUUUACCUGAGGGUAUAGAGGUCGAAGCCUUCACAUAUAAAUGUUUUGCAAAGAAGCCAGAUGAUGACAUCAUGCUACUAAAGCUGAAAACCCCAGUAACUCUGAACGAGACUGUGAAUAUAAUUUCCCUGCCAGAAACUAAUAGAGAGGAAAUCUCAACUAACUGCAUGGUCAUGGGUUGGGGCCGGCAGGAAUACAAUGAGUUUACUCCAUCAAGAGUCCUGAGAGAAGUGAACUUGACUCUUUUAGACUCUAAAAAUUGUGACACACCUCACACUUUAUGCACUCAGGAAGAAGCCGGACCAGCAGGGGGAGACUCUGGCAGUCCACUAAUUUGUGGAAAUGUCCCACAGGGCAUUGUGUCUUACUACAAACACAAGUCUAGAAGCUACCUUACAAUGUAUACUAAAAUCUCUCACUACCUUCCAUGGAUUCAUGAAAUGCUGAAUGUACACAAACUAUGGAAGUCAAAGCUGGAUGCAUUUAAAAUAUCUGAUAUUAGAGUGUGUAUGAUUGUAAAAAUUACCAGUCCAUAAGCCGGAUCAAAUUAUUACUUUCUGCAGCUACAACCUACAUUGUUUAUUUGUAUUACAAAUAAUCUCUACAACAGGUGUUAUCUUGUAAAGUUUAUUGAUUACAAUGAUUUAAUAAUUGUGUUUCACGAACAUGUCCUGUGUCUCUUUUGUCUUGUGUUUUGUACUGUAAUUUUGUUUUUAGUUCUUGUUAAAACAUGUAACUGUCACGAUGUCUAGUUGGUGUUCCCUGGGUGGCCACUAGAGGCCUCUUCCCCACACUGUCAUAUUCACCUAGAACUGCAUUUCCCAUCAUCCUGUCUGUGUCAUCAUUGAUCAUCGCACUCAGCUGUUCCAACUCACCUUGUUAGUGUUUGUGUAUUUAAACCCUAGCCGUUUCUCAAUACCAGGUACGCCAAACUCGGACUUGUGUCCUUUGUAGUUCGAACUUGCAAGUUCAGACUCGGAAGAACGAACUCCUGACGCGAAAGGCAUUCUGGGAAACUUCGCUGUCAUAAGUCCACACAAGUCUCCUCUGAUGCAUCCUCGAUAAAAUGGGCGGAUCAAGAACACAUCCGGGGAUUUUGUGUGAACUUGGGCUUGAUGCGAACUUUGAAAUGGAACAUGACUUGGGCCGCGGCUGAUGACGUUUCACAAGUCCACAAGAACACAAGUACAGACAAGAACGCAUAUUGAGAAACGGCUCCUGUCUGUUCAAAUUAUGUUAUGGAGUCCCCCUUAUAGGUUACACUUUAUUUUGAUAGUCCACUUUAGACAUUCUACUAGCUAUAAAUAACUUUGCAACUACAUGUCAACUAACUUUCAAUAAUUUGCAACUAUACGUCAACUAACUGUCAUUAGAGUAUUAUUAGACUGUAAGGGUUGGGGUUAGGGAAGAGGUAUAAGUUAGUGGAAUAAGUUGACAUGCACCUGAAAAGAUACUUACAGUCAGUUAAAUGUCUGUUGAGAUAUCAUCACAAUAAAGUGUUAGUAGAUACUAAGCAGACAGUCUACUAAUUCUCUAAAGAUUGGUAGUUGAUAAGUAGUUGCAAAGUUACUUGUAGUUAGUAAAAUGUCAAAAAGUGGACUAUCGAAAUAAAGUGUUACCUUGUUAUAUGUCACACAGCUUUCUUGUAUAGUGUUCUUGUUUGGUUUAUGUUCUAGACUGUUUAUUUGGAUUUUGACCCUUUGCCUGAUGGCUGAAUACGAUUUUGGAUUACCCUUAUUAAACUGCACUAGGUAAUGCUGCUAUACACAGAGAAGGAAG